AUGGUAUGACCUGAAGAACUAUUUAAAAGAAAAAUUUUUACUUUCUGAAGUGUAUAUGAAGGAAGUGGGCAUUGAAAUCUUUUAAAUACUCAAUUUAGCUUUGGAAAUUAUUUUUAUAAUGAUAAUUUUCUAUAGCUCUUUCCCUUGAAUAGCCCAUAACGGGAUGAAAGCCAGCCCGUUAUCGGGCUAUUCAAGGAAAGUGCUAUAUCAAUUAUUGACUUAGGCUCCUCGCAUAUUGUGGCUCCUGAAACUGCAUGAGUCAAUCAUGUAUGGAUUUGCUGGGCACUAUGGGUGUAA